AUGGAAAUCGAACCGGUAGCAGAAGUGUCCCUAGAAUUAGACGAUGGACUUCCAACAGUAGAAGAGCGACUUGCUGCUCUUCGACCUUCAAGACAAUUGCUUGAAUUCUACAGACAUAAAGUUGAAGAUUUAGAGAUCGAAUAUGAUACAAUGUCCGGAAAGCUAGACAACUUUGUAAAACACUGUCAGCAAGAAGCUCUGCUAGAACGAACAAUCCGCCAACGCGAGAAAGAAAUCAACGACUUGCAGAAAGCACUUUCAGACAUACAAGUCUUCCUUCUCAAGGAGCGAGAGAGCAACUUGAGACUUCACGCAGAAAAUGACAAGCUGAAAAUACGAGAACUCGAAGAUAGAAAAACAAUGCAGCAUUUGUUGAAUAUCGCGGGGCCGAGCAUUGCAGAAUGUUCUUAUUUUCAUAAAGAACCUCCCGGAAUAGUGGUGAUCAAGGAACAUAAUGCAGAAAUGAAGUACCCCCAAGAAUCUGGUGAUGGUAGUCUUUGCUCAACGCCUCGCGAAAACCCGCCUCCUAAGCCGACACUAAAGGGUGACGGUGUUGUAAGAGCUCCAUCAAAGUUCAAACCAAGCGAGAUAAAAAUAAGCAAGAAGAACUCUGGCCCGAGCGAAGAGAGGCUGCGCGACGACAAACAGAUUCUUGCGCUCCAAGUUGAGGCACUGAGAGCGCAGCUAGAGGAGCACAUAAAGCUUUCGAAUGAGCAGACGAGCCAGUUGAUGGAGGACAGACGCAUUAUGAUCGAAGAACAUGAAACACAUCGAGCUCGAGAAGCGGAUAGAACGGAGCAGCUAGAAGCAAGGUUGAGGAAAACUCAAGAACUUCUGAAAGAUACGACAAAGGACUUCCUUGAGGCGCGAAAAGCACAGCGAGAAAAGGACCGUUCAUGGCUUCAAGAGAAAGAUAAACUUCUUCAGCAACUAGACAAAGCUCACGAUCGAAUCUAUGAGCAAGAUCAAAAAUCACCAACGUACAAGCCAAGUGGACACGAUAAACUCCUUGCUGUUCCAGCUCAUAUGCGCAAAAACUACGACGUGCUCUCCAAGCCAGCGAUCGAUCCUUCCGUCGUCAAAAAGCUGAAAAUAGAAAAUGAGGCACUGAAAGAACGGCUCGAGCAAGCGGUGCAUUUAUCUGAUAUGUAUCGAGAACAGUGCAUAACUGCCGAAGAAGAAGUUUCAAAAGUGAAGGACCAAGCUCUUCGCGAUCAGAAUAUGUACCAGACAAAGUCUGCCAAACUUAUCGAUAAGCUGGAAUUGACUACAAAGCGAUUCUCAUCUCUUGAGCAGCGACGAGGGCUAGAAAAUGAAGGCUACCGCAAUGAAAUAAAAAAAUUGAAAGAGAGAUGCGACCAGCUCGAAGGCCAGCUUUACAAAAUGAGCAUCGGCGGCCUGAAUGACAUAGAAGUCCUACAGAACUUCAAGGAGAGUGCGGCCAAGUCCCGCGCUAUUCAGAAUCAGCUAAAAUCACUGAAGAAAAAACUCUACGAAGUAGAAAAUAACUUCCGAAGCUCAAACUAG